GAACUCCAAUGUGCCUCUUUGAAUAUGACUGCCUUGCACCACUAUUGGCCUGUAUUUUUGCUUCCAUUUUAGGAAGACAUCAUGCAUCUGCCUUAAUAUGCUAUAUUGAUGCUAAUGUCAGUGUUUCUUCUUUCUAUUAUUAUAAAUAGUUAUUUUUUUGUGCUUGUGAAUAGGAACCCAAAAAAGGGCAGAAAGAGCAAAGACAACAGUGCUGAGGCAAAACUCGCUCCGUGCAGGAAGAAGAGGACAGCUCCCGUCAAAGACUGCGCCAUCCCCAUGGAGAACAAGCAGUUCGUCAAUGGCAGCACUACCGACCACAAGGGUUCCUAUGGGAGUCCCCCAGCACGCCAACAAGACGGUGCCUGGGGCCUUGUCUGCCUGCCAUUAAACCAUAAAGGGCACCCAGUAUGGUGUGUUCACCCUGAAGCUGCUGCCUAAGAGGCUCUGCUUUGAGCCAUACGAGGAGAGUUGAGGUGGACAACAGCGUAGAUCACGGCUACAUCUGGGAGGUGUGUGUUAUCUGCAAUCACUGGUGAACAGCGUACCAGGCCAAUCACAGUCACCUGAGAGACUAUGGUGCAGGGAUUUGGUCAACCACGAUAAACAACCAUGAUUGCGAAACAAGGAACAUUAUGAAAGGACAAGACACAUCGCGGAGUGUCGCAUCCCUUCAUGCUGUUUCUUGUCCAGCAAUUCAGCCAUCAGUUAAUGACUUUGUACUAAGUGGCUUGUAUUCAGAUGCCCUUGUGCGAUGCUGCCCAUCGCAGUGGCGACGUGUUCCUGGUGAAUGGCCGCCCGUUGGACCACUGUUAUUGGAAUACGAUACAUGAACUGCAUGACCGAUGACACCCAGGAGAACCUGGUUGCCUUCGAACACCAGGGGGCCAUCUACUACUGCACUUCCAGGGUGAUGAACGCCAGAGAGUAGUUGUUUCUUGUGGUAUGGGGAUGAGUUUGCAAAGCAGCCUGGACUGAUCGGCACUCAGGCAAUGCCAAAGCACAGGGCCAAGGCUCAUCCUCUACAUCCAGAGAUAUGUCGAAGAGGGAACGGGAAGAAGAUGCAUCUGUCACGGUUAAAAGAGCGACAUGCAAGCACUAUAAAAAAGAGCAUAUGAUGGCCCUACCCCUAGUCGACAUGAAAGGCGUCCGCAGCCGCCACACGGGCCUGAGCGUGAACUACGCACUACCGUGUACGGCUCGUCCAAACCGGCUGUGUCAUGUCUGCAAGGAUACUGCCGCCUGGAACGGCUUCUUCAUAAACGUCGGUCUUGAGCUCCGAGAGGGGACUUGCGCAGCACUGUCGCUCCUCAGAGCACGUGAAGGCAUGACCACAGCUAACAUGGCCACGGAUGAAGAGAAGGCGCAGGCGGCCACGUUGUUCUAUUGGCUGCUGACUCAACACAGGUGCGUCGUGAGGGUGACCAUCACCGAUGACGUCUUCGGAGGCCACGAGCAGGUCGUGUGCCGCGCUCUCAGCGGCAGUGUGGGCAAGAUCUCGGCGCUGACGCUGCUGCAAUCCUCGGAAAGGGCAGUGGUGAACAACGCUCUCGUCACGGCUGUCCGUUCCAUGAAGCACCUGGCGGAACUGAACCUAAUGAUCGACUCGCCGGAGCACUUCGCCAAACUUGGGCCUCUGCUUGGAACUGGCUCUUCCCUGAAGGUGCUUCGCGCGCUCCAAGUCAAGACAGGGCUGGGUGGAGCCAAGGACUUUCUCGAAAGACUCUAUCGAAACGAAAGUAUUUCCUUACUCGCGAUCACGACAGCGAUUCUUCAAGCUUCAUGUGACAGCCCACCGCCAGAUAUCGGACCUGCCGCAUUUGCUUGGUAUGUAGCGAAGAAUCGCUCACUCAGGGCUCUUCUAAUGAUUGCUCCAAAGAACGGGCCAGAGGUGGACGUCCGAGCCAUCUGCCAGGCCGUGUCAAUGAACCCGGUUCUGACUCAUCUCGAGCUGGAGUUGUCCACACUGAAGGAAGAGUUCGCAACUCCGAUUAUGUACCUUGUAGGCUCUACCAGGACCCUAAAGCGUUUGAGCCUAACUUACGCUUUCGUCGAUGAACGCUACCGUGAGGCUUUCAUACAGGGUCCUGUGCACUGGUCGGUUCCAUUGUUUUGCUGCUUAAGUUGUGGCACGAUUCACGCGGAAGAAACCGAUCGCGUCAAGCCUUGGAUCCAGGCCCUGUUGCAGGAAAAUGAUUCCCUGAAUGAGCUGCGAUUCUCCAUGUUCGGCUUCUGUACGUUGGAGUGCCGCGCUUUCCUAAAGUCUGUCGCCAAGAACACUACGCUGCGCAGAGUCACGAUCCACCGCCUGGGCCAGAACGCUUCGGCGUUUUGCAAGUUCCUUACUGCGACGGGAGUUGUGGACAGAGUUAAUGCAGACAUUGUUUGCGACGUCGCAUAUCCAAGCACAAUGGGAUUGCCGGAAUAUGAAGUAGGCCAGCUUGCUAACGUGUCUUUCUGUGACCUUGAAAGCACACUCUCUCACGUGGCCGCGUGCCAACUCGUCACUCGCGUGCAGCUGAGAGUCUUCUCUUUCCUCUGCCUUACUGACAUCAUCGAGCCAGCUGCCUCGCCACUCAUUAAACUAAUCCGUAAAGCGCCCGCCUUGGCAUCCCUGGUAAUCCAGGUUGACCGCGGCUGUUGCAGCCGGUGCUGGAACGAGUGUGCUCCAUCGUUCUGCGACGCUGUGCUGCAUAACACGGCCAUCAGAAGCCUUAACUUAAAGCUGCCGCAGAAUCCCAGAAUGGCCCUGCUUCCCUUGGCCGAUCUGCUGCAACGUAGCCCUUGGCUGUGCCGAUUCACGCUCGAGCCUCCCUCGCCCGAAGCCUUCGGCGAGUUUGUCCGCGAAUUGUCAAAACCGAAGCUCGAAGACAACUACAACCUGGCAUUGGUGCAGCUCACGCACAACGGACCACUUCUGGUCGAAGAGAAGCUUAGAAUACAGAACGUCGUGCGCAGAAACGUCACCCUUGCGACUCGGGCCGCGUACUUCGUCGUUGGGUCUGCCGACUUCGGAAACAACGACGUCCGAUAUUGCAACAAGGACACCGCAGAAGCGCUGGAAAAAAUGUCCGGUUGCCCAAUCCUGGUAGAAGAACUUUGCGUCUUUCAAGGUAUAAGCAAGAAGCAGGCGCUGGGCAAGAUUGCUGCUAGCUUGACAAGCACGGCAGACCUGAACGAAUUCAUGCGACUCGCCGGCGUGGUUCGCGAUGAGAUCGUCUGCCUCGACUCUGUUGACGGCAGCAAGCAGUUGGACGAUCUGAACGAAUACUGCCUACGUCAUAUUCGGACGUACCUGAAGAUGAGCGACAUCAUAGAUUCACCUAUGUAAGCUUUCACCGGUGAACUGAAUGAACACUACCAUAGAGACGCGUCCGCUAGUGGCGCACCAAAUACACCGUUGUGUAUCAGCCGCGUUAUUUCAGUACGUUUAGCUGUACAUGUCAUCAUUUUCAUCACUGUGUAUAAUUUAUAUUGUGAAACACAUGAAUCAACCUCAUCUGUAUAUUAAAGAUAG